GAUACAGUUUCUGUAACAAUGCGGUGGCAGUUUUCUUUACGAUGGGGCACGACUGCCGUAAGAACUAGAACGCAACGUUUAGCCACGCUGUCCGACGAAACGAAGACGCGGAUACUAACCGGUCCAGGAUUGGAUGACUUCGUGUCGGGCAGAGUCAACCUGGUUGAUGCUCCGGCCACUCCAAAUUAUCUGAAGCGGAAAAAGGGACAGAGACUUGGGUUACCGUCAUGGUUGAAGACCGAAAUACCGGUAGGAAAGAACUAUGGUGCGUUGAAGAAGAUUCUUCGAGAUUUGAACCUAAAUACGGUUUGCGAGGAAGCUCGGUGUCCUAAUAUCGGAGAAUGUUGGGGAGGGGGAGAGGAAGGUGUCGCAACUGCAACAAUCAUGUUGUUAGGCGAUCAGUGCACUAGAGGAUGCCGCUUCUGUUCCGUGAAGACAACACGUGCUCCACCUCCACCUGAUCCCGAAGAACCGUCUAACACAGCAAAGGCUAUCACUCAGUGGGGAUUAGACUACGUCGUUCUCACAUCAGUCGAUCGAGAUGAUUUGCCUGAUGGUGGUUCGGCUCAUUUCGCUCGCACUGUCCAAGAGUUGAAGUCUCGGAGUCCCACCAUGUUAGUGGAAUGUCUUACACCAGACUUUAAAGGCGACCUUGAUAGUGUAGCCACGAUUGUAUACGCCGGACUGGACGUCUAUGCUCACAAUAUUGAAACCGUGAGAGAGUUACACUGGUUAGUGAGAGAUCCAAGAGCCAAGUACGAACAAAGCUUAGAAGUACUUCGACAUGCCAAACGAGUUCAACCUGAACUUAUCACUAAGACAUCAAUCAUGUUAGGAGUCGGUGAGACCGACGAGCAAGUCGUACAAACGUUAGAAGAUGUGAGAGCUGCUGGAGUUGAUUGUGUGACACUGGGGCAGUACAUGCAGCCAACAAAACGACACCUUAAAGUUGUCGAAUACGUCACUCCAGAAAAGUUUAAAUUUUGGGAGAAAGUCGGCGGUCAGCUGGGUUUCAAGUACACAGCAAGUGGUCCGUUGGUCCGUUCUUCAUACAAAGCCGGAGAGUUUUAUAUCAAGAAUCUACUGAAAAAGACCGACACCGCUCUACAGAUCAAAUCGAUUUCUGGAUAACAAUGUACAUUUUUACACCCAUCUUGCUAGAUUUCUAUGCUUGUAAAUUGUUUGUGUUGUACACCACUCUAGACAAAUACAGUAGAAGUUAGAUUAUUUA